CAGCAGUAGGCGGCUGCCACAGCUGUUUUAGGGCCCCCAUCAUAGGGGCUCCUUGUCUGGAGGAGGCAGCCUCCGGGCUUGGGAGGAGAAGUCGCUGCCAUCUCGGGCGGCCGACGCGGUCCCCUGGGACAGUCCACUUCCUGCCCUCAGUCUCGGGCCGAGUUUGGGCUCCCAGGUUCAGGGUUAGAAGUUGGACUUUUGAUGAUGUUUGACCCAGCGGCAGCAAUAGCAGGCAACGCGAUUUUAAAGUUGAGCUCAGCUUCUGUUUUUUCCAUCUUGUAAUCACAAAAAGCAUCUGGACCAGGAAUUCCAAUCAUGUCUGUGAUGGUGGUGAGAAAGAAGGUGACACGGAAGUGGGAGAAACUCCCAGGCAGGAACACCUUCUGCUGCGAUGGCCGUGUCAUGAUGGCCCGGCAAAAGGGCAUCUUCUACUUGACCCUUUUCCUCAUCCUGGGGACAUGUACACUCUUCUUUGCCUUCGAAUGCCGUUACUUGGCUGUCCAGCUAUCUCCUGCCAUCCCUGUGUUUGCUGCCAUGCUCUUCCUUUUCUCCAUGGCUACACUGUUGAGGACCAGCUUCAGUGACCCUGGAGUGAUCCCUCGAGCCCUACCAGAUGAAGCAGCUUUCAUAGAAAUGGAGAUAGAAGCUACCAAUGGUGCGGUGCCCCAGGGCCAACGACCACCCCCUCGUAUCAAGAAUUUCCAGAUUAACAACCAGAUUGUAAAGCUGAAAUACUGUUAUACGUGCAAGAUCUUCCGGCCUCCCCGGGCCUCCCAUUGCAGCAUCUGUGACAACUGUGUGGAGCGCUUCGACCAUCACUGCCCCUGGGUGGGGAAUUGUGUUGGAAAGAGGAACUACCGCUACUUCUACCUCUUCAUCCUUUCUCUCUCCCUCCUCACCAUCUAUGUCUUCGCCUUCAAUAUCGUCUAUGUGGCCCUCAAAUCCUUGAAAAUUGGCUUCCUGGAGACGUUGAAAGAAACUCCUGGAACUGUUCUAGAAGUACUCAUUUGUUUCUUCACACUCUGGUCCGUCGUGGGACUAACUGGAUUUCACACUUUCCUUGUGGCUCUCAACCAGACAACCAAUGAAGACAUCAAAGGCUCAUGGACAGGGAAGAAUCGAGUCCAGAAUCCCUACAGCCAUGGCAACAUUGUGAAGAACUGCUGUGAAGUGCUGUGUGGCCCCUUGCCCCCCAGUGUGCUGGAUCGAAGAGGUAUUUUACCACUGGAGGAAAGCGGAAGUCGACCUCCUAGCACUCAAGAGACCAGUAGUAGCCUCUUGCCACAGAGCCCAGCCCUAACAGAACAUCUGAGCUCAAAUGAGAUGCCGGAGGACAGCACUCCUGAAGAGAUGCCACCCCCGGAACCUCCAGAGCCACCACAGGAGGUGGCUGAAGCUGACAAGUAGCCCAUCUAUGGAAGAGACUUUUGUUUGUGUUUAAUUAGGGCUGUGAGAGAUUUAAGGGGAGAAGAUAAGCCUGAGACAGAGAACAAGUAAGCUAUUUUUCUUUGGUCUUUAUUCAGCCAAUUGCACACUGGCAUUUUCUUGCUGCAAAUUUUUUUUUUCCUGGACUCAAGGCAGUCACAGAAGAUGUCAGUAACCUCUGGUAACUGGACAAAUGGGUCUCUUGGGCCCCUGCACUGGUUUUCCAUGGAGUCUCCUUGGACUCCCCUUUCUUCCCUCCAGAUCUUAGCUCUCCUGCUUGGUGUGGUUGGUCCAUUUGUGGGGUUAAAGGUUCUUGAGACUGGCUCAGAUCAUCUCCAGCUGCUGCAUGGCAAGAGUCCAGAGGUGAUCACAGAGAACUCUGGCUAGGGAAUCCUAACUGGAUUCUUGAGGCUUCCUAAUUGAAGAGGAUGGAGAGUGGGGUUAGAGGAUUCUCCUGGCUACAAAGUGCCAACAUUGCCCACAAAUCCUUUCAGGAACGGGGCAGGUAGCUUCCACUUGUUGUAUUUAUUCAUGUAGUUUCUCCUUUGUCCCCCAUCCACUUUCUAACCCCCAAGCCCCACUCUUUUCCAAUUAGAGAUAUGUAAGUAGUUGCAGUAUAGAUAACAAUUUACAUGUCUUAUAGAUUACCCGGAAACUUUUUAAUACCCGUGCCAUUCUCAUUGAGAAUUCAUGAGAUGCCAACAGCAUCAUCCCUUGCACUCUCUGUCUCUUAUCUCCUCCUUUCUCACUAGUCCCAUUUAAUUUGUUUUCCUUCUGACUCUUGCUCUUUUAGGAGCAGGAAUGGCAGUAAUAAAAGUGUGCACUUUGGCGAUUCCUCUCCUCAGAAUAAGCCUGAGUGCUCACUGAAACACUACACCCCCCAGACUCCCUGUGUGAGGCCUGCAGAGGCCCUGAAUGCACAAAUGGGGAAACCAAGGCACAGAGAGGAUCUCUCCUCUCCUCCUUCCCCUCCCCUCCUCUCCUUCUCCUACAUUCCCUCAAAAAAGAAAAAGUAAAAAAAGACAGCUAGUACUUCCAGUAGGCCUCAGCUGAGUGAGGAGGGAAAGCCCAGCACUGCUGCCCUCCCGAGUGACCCACUCCAAGGCCUUGGCCCAUCUCGGGCUUGAUAACCACACCAGGGGCUUCCGCCAGCCUCGCUCUUCCAGCACUUCCACCGGCAGAGUCCCAGAGCCACUUCACCCCUGGGUGCGGGCUGUGACCGCCCCCCCACCCCCCAGUCAGCUCUGCUCAGGACCUGCUCUAUUUCAGGGAAGAAGAUUUAUGUAUUAUAUGUGGCUAUAUUUCCUAAAGCACCUGUGUUUUUCUCUUUCUAAGCCAGGGUCCUGUCUGGAUGACUUACGGGGAGGGGGACCUGUAAAUCAGAACUUUUAAUCUAUUUGAAAGUGAUUAAACUGUGUCUAAUGCAAACUGCCUGCCUCCUCCUUCCCCUUUCCAUUUCAAGAAUCAUCAUGGGGGCGUGAGUGUCUUUGUGUGGUAGGGUGGGAUUGGGGUGGGGGUAGAAGGGGUUGCUAGUUCCAUUUUCUGGGGGACCCUUCAGUGGGAGAGAUAGCUCCCAAACUCUCCAUUGAUUUCUACUACAUUCUGGGCCAAAGCUCACCUUAUUCUGGACUCUAAAGAAAGGGCUUUCAAGGCAUUAUACAAUGUUAGCAAGAUGGGGAGGGUUGGGGGUAUAUUCACUUAAGAGAGCAAGUUCUUUAUUGAGAUGUUGUGUUAAUGCAGAUGAAUGCCGUUAAUUGUAAAUGAGUCUUGGUUACUAAAGGAGGCACAUCAGCACCUCUCUUGGGAAAUACUUCGUUAGUGAUCUUUUACAAGUGAUGGUAUAUAUUUCAUUUUAAGUGGUCUAUAAUCAAGACUCCUUGCCAAUUCCUAUCUUACUCUUUCCAGUUAAUCAGAAUGAAUGAAAUUUGGCUGCUUCCAGAUUUUUCUCUAUGUCUUUCUAUUUUCCUUAUACCAGGAUUUGAGUUGAGAGGGAGGGAGGGAGGGAGGGAGGGAGAGAGACAGAGAGAGGGAGAGAGAGAGAGAGAGAGAGAGAGAGAGAGAGAGAGAGAGAGAGAGAGACUCGGGCUCUUCUCUUCUCUGCCUCUACUUUACGAAUCUCUUUCUGGCUCUCUCAGUCCUUAUAGUUAGUUCAAAAAAACGCCAACUCUGGAGAGUUUGGAAGCUAUUAGAUUUUUUCCAGUUAACUUACCACUCAGAUGAAUCUCUUUUUAGUCAGUUCUGAGCCCAUCCUGUCUCAGCCCAUCUUCUCUCCCGGAUUAGGACGGAUUUCUCUCCUCCCUUAACUUACCUCAACCACUCUUCUGCUGACCCUUAUGUCAGUCAGAGGAGCUUUCUCUUUCUAAGGUGAAGGGUCAACAUGGAAAUCUCCUAUCUCUUGUAUAAAAUAAUAUAUUUUAGCUUUCUGCUUUUUCAUGCUUCCUGCCCUCUUUCUUUACCUAUAUAAAUCUUCUGUAUUUAAGACCUUGGCCUGAAGAUCUAUUCCAUUCGUACCAUGCACCAUCUGGGACUGUCCUUCGUUUGAGUUCUGAUCAGAGGGGAGAUUGAAGAAUUGGUUUUUUUAAAUGGCUUGCAUUAUUUCCCUCUCUUCCCUUCUUUUGCAUUCCUUCAGUUUCCUAUGCACCCCACUUCCCCAUGUGAGGAUGGUUGGUCCAGGUCCAAAAGCUUUGGGGGUUGGUGGGGUUUGGCUAUUUGGGGCCAUUUCUUCAUGUCCAUUUGGCUCUGGGGCCCUCCUUGCCCUAGCAGAAGGCAUACGCUCUCCCUUUGCUUGUUUCCCCAGGGGCAAGUGGUGGGCUCUAAUUCUAUAGCAGCUAAAUUCCAUUCUUCCUGUGCUAACCUACCUGCCUUUAUCCCAAGGGCCCUUUUCCUAUUGACCAAAUUGCUUUACCUUUUUGGGGAAAGAAAAAGUAUUUUGUUUUUAAAUCUAUUUUCUAACUUAAAUGCAAUUUAAUAUGUAAAUCUCUGCAUUUGUGUGUGAACCUACAAAUAUGUAUGUGUGGUGGUUUUUUCACUCUCUGGUAUUUCUUAAUAAAGAACCCUUUCUUUUCGGGGAAAGCCAAUUAAUGAAGAAGACUUGAAUGGUUUUAGAAAUACAGGGAUGUGUGCUUCUUUGUGCUUCUGUCUCAUUUCUUUACUUGUGCCUAGCAUGAGUGGCUGGCCCCCUCCCCCACCUUUUGACCCUCUUCCUUUGAGAGGGCUUUCAGCCUAGUGGGGCAGAGAGAGGAGCCUGUCUAGUGUCUGGUACCCCUCUGGGACCACUUGGAUUGGCUCAAGUGGUAACCUAGCAACCCCAUCCCUCUCUCUGUGGCCUGGCCCUGUUAGUCCUUUUUUUCCAGCUCAGUUUAUUUUAUACUCCUGAGGCUGGGGCCAGGCUAGGGAGAAUCACCAAGGGAUCACAGUAAAUAGUUUUUAAAAAAUGAUGAUUUGUUCUUGUGCUUUGGUGCUAUUAAAGAAGAGCAAUGUUUCUAAUAAUUCAAAAAACAUUUGUGUCAGUUUUGAGAAUACAUUUUAUCCAUCGCUUGCUGUUCUUAGGUGAUAGGUUUUAGAAAUAGUAUCAAAGGCUAAAAUUAUGACUCUCAUUACCUUUAAAAGAUGCAAGCCCAACUUGCAAAAAAGAUCGUCAUUGUAAAUUUCAUGUUUCAAAUAAAUAUGAAAGGAGAAUGGGAACUAAAAAUCUGUAUCUGUAAACUUUCGAAUGGCAUAUAGAACAUCAAUGGAAGUGGAAAAACCUGGUGUAAUUAACUGGGCCGAAUUAUUUUACAAAUAAACACAAAACAUGUUUUUACAGUUUUAAUAUAUACAGUGAAUUUCCAGGAAUGCAACCAUUGUGUAAAUUCAGGGAAGAUAGUACUUUAUUUUGUUCAAAACUUUAAUAACAUUUGUCACUUUUGAAAAUUGUGUCACCAAUAGCAAUGCCAUUAUGGAUUUUUAAGUUGCCAUUAUAAUGUACCUGUAUUCAUCUUCCUUUGUAGCAGUUGAAUCCACAGUGAAUCUACAUAUAUAAGUGCAAGCAUCUGACUUCAAGUAUAGUAUUGCCCAGGCAUUUACAUAUUGAAAUACAUAUUAUUUUAUUAUAAACUACUUUCCCUUUAUUUCUCCUUUAUAUUAUAGUUAGUGUAUUAUACUGCUCUUCUGGAAAUUAUGUGUAUAUGCAGGUUAUAAUAACUAUGAAAUUUCUUUCAGGGUGGCAAAGGGUUUAUUACAAAACAUUGUAUAUAUCCAGGGAGGUUUGGAGCUGACAGGGUUGAGAACCAUUGGACUCUCAAAUGUCCUGUUCUACUUCUAAAUAUUUGGAAAACUUAGAAAAUAAACAAAUCUCUUCCUCCCUUCA